UGUAACGUCAAGUGCGCUAAAUGUCGUGAAAGCAAUUCGACGGAGAAAGAAGCGCGCAGGACGUUAAAAAGUCAGUCUUAGUAUUUGUUCUCCAGUUUGAAAUAUUUACAGCGUAUAAAAUAUACAUUUGAUUCUUUAUUUAGGGAUACAAUCGUCUCGAUGCGCUAGAAGCACUGUGCCGCUUCUCCUGCUAUCUUUGCUUGUUAGAUAGCUUAGCUCGCUAGUUAGCUUAGCUUGUUAGUUGCUAACAGAAGACACAGAAGUUAUCAACACAUCGCUAAGUAGAGAUCAAGUGUGAGAGUAAAGUGUUGUGAUUGUGUGAAAAUGUGUAAAUUACAAAUGUUGAGAGCGUUGGUGAAUCAGCGACUAACUGCUGCCGUUGAAGAAAUAUUUGUAGUGUUCGAAAGAACGAUAGCAGAAUACGAGGCGGAACUUUCUAGAACUAAAGAGGAUUACAAUCAACUACUGGACGCUGUUGUCAAGAAUCAUCAAGUUGUGAUACACAGAACCGAUGUCGAAGAAGAACAUCUUUCUCGUGAGCAGGAAGAGGAGCCACAGCCCCACCACAUUAAAGAGGAAGAAGAGGUACCACAUUACCAACACAUUAAAGAGGGAGGAGAGGAGCCACAGCCCCCUCACAUUAAAGAGGAACAUGAGACGUCACAGACCCGUAAUGUUAAACUGAUACUUCACAUUAAAGGGCAAGCGGAGGACCCACUGAUCUUACACAUCAAAAAUGAAGAGGAGGACCCACUGACCCGCCACUUUAAAGAGGAAGAGGAGGACCAAGAGAUGCCGCACAUUAAAGAGGAAGAGGGGGAACACCGCAUCAGUCAGCCUAAAUGGUUGGAGGAGUUCCCAGUGACUGGUGUCCCUGUGAAGGGUGAAGAAGAUGAGGUCAAAGGUGAAAGUGAGGAGAGGGGAGGUGGGGAGCCUCCAAGCAGCAGCUCAACACAACACAUGACAACAGAAGCUGAUGGAGACCACUGUGGAGGAUCACAAGCAGACAAGCUCUUAGCUCCACUAUCAGAUAGUGAGGACACAACGUCACACUCUCCUGACACUGAUGAUGAAGACUCUAAAGAUGAUAAGACAUGUCACACUGACGACACUCACUUGAAAUGUUCUCACUGUGACAAAACAUUUAAAUACCGUAGUUAUCUGAAAAGACACAUGAGAACACACACUGGAGAAAAACCUUUUUCUUGCUCAGUAUGUGGUAAAUGUUUUUUACUUAGUGGGAAUUUGAAAGUACACAUGAGAAUACACACUGGUGAGAAACCUUUCAAAUGUUCAUUCUGCAACAGAAGCUAUUGUGACCGAUCAAACCUUGUAGCACACAUGAGAAGACACACAGGAGAGAAAGUGUUGAGUUGCAGUGUGUGUGGUGAAAGAUUCUCUUAUAAGUACCAGUGUGAGAAACACAAGUGUGCUGGUGAGAACAGCAGCAGCAAAUGAAACUGCAGGAUUUGAAAUAAACUGUCAAGACUUUAAUUUUGACUUUCUAACAUCAUCGGCACAUACAUGUGUGACAUUGUUGUUUGUGUUUAAUAUGCUUCUACAUUUAUAGAUGAGCUAGUUUGAAAUAGGGAAGUAUUACAUAUUUGUAUUUCUAAUUGUUAAUAAUCCCAUAGAUUAGCACCUUUAUAUGAUAUACAUAUUUACUGGUUCACAUCUGAAACAUCUUCUGGACCACUUCAGGGAGCAUAUUAUUAUUUACUUUAUACAUCAUUUGAACAGUUGUCAUUUAUUAACUUUUAAAAUGUGUGACUUUAUGAAUCAUUUGUUGUCUCUCUAUAAUCCAUUUUAUUAAUGAUCUUUAUUACUCUCUUUUAUAAUAUGAUGAUUGUGUUGUGAUUGUUUUAUAUGUAUGUCCCCAGACCUUUAUGCAAUAUAAAAAGGAGAGAAAAUGGCUGAAUUGUUUGAGGAACGAUGUUUUUUUUUGUUGUUAUUUUAUCGAAGUUAUAUUCGUGGAUAAAACAAACAUUCCCAUUAUUGGGUUUGUCGUGGAAAUUUCUUAAAGACAAUCCUUUAGUGACAAAUAGCUUUAAAAUUAUUUAUUAAAGUAACUAACAAAUAAUAACAAGCUUUGCAAAGCGAGACCAAACCAGAACGACACAUCCAAUCGUUCCAGCUUGUUCUAACUCCUUUAGAAUUUGACAUGACAAUUAUACAUUCUCAGAAGUCCCACCCUCCAUGCUCAUUUACAUACAGUACACCAGUGGAAUGAAUACCCAAAGUCCUGUGAAGAUGGAGAGGGUGUCGUUUGCCCAGGAAGGGGGGGGGGGGGGGCAAUUUAGCUCUGUUGCCCACAUCUGAGGUCCUCUCCAAGGUUUCUCAUAGUCAGCAUUGUCACUGGCAUCCCACUGGAUGUGAAUUCUCCCUGCCCACUGGGAGUGAGUUUUCCUUGCCCUUUUGUGGGUUCUUCCGAGGAUGUUGUAGUCGUAAUGGUUUGUGCAUUCCUUUGAGACAUUUGUGAUUUGGGGCUGUAUAAAUAAACAUUGAUUGAUUGAUUUAUUGCAGAAAA